CUAGCGCUCGUCGUUUCAUCGCCCGUCUCAUUUUUACAGUGGCUUAUAUUUAUUCCUUGUCGGUUUCUCUGAUUUCUUGUAGCUUACUGAUCUCAUCGAGACAUAAAAAAGGCCUUGUUACAAGAUGAACCUUCUUCUUGCCGGUGGUAUUGGGAGCUCUGUUCUCGGGACGGUGUUGUACGUGGUGGGGAUAGCGACCCCCGCAUGGCUGUCGGCUGAACAACAAGGGAAGAAGCUAGAGAUGGGACUGUGGGAAAUCUGCGGGGUAUCUUCGGGGGUAUGGGCUUGCAUAUCUUACCCAGAUAUCAGUAGGCUGUCCGGUGCCGUACAUGCCACCCGUGCCUUCGCCAUCAUCGGGUCGCUGCUGCUCUUCGCCGGGGUGUCUCUGGUCGGCUUCGCGGCGAUGAAGAACAUCAUCAACAUCAACUUGAACAUCAACAUAUUCAAGAAGAUCGGCGGUGCCCUGAUCAUCACUGGAGGCAUCUGUGGUGUCCUUGCUGCCGGCAUCUUUACCGGGGACAGCUCGGCCCUCACACACGGCCUGCCCGCCCCGUUUGGCUACUCCAUCUACCUGACCUGGGCUCAGGCGGUCUUCACCCUCGGGGGAGGCGCCGUCAUCAUCGCUGCCGCGCGCCAGAGCCAGCAGGAGGAUGAGAUACCUGUCCUCAGCGACUAAAAUAUAUGCCCCAAUAAGCGAUUUCAUGGAUCCAAGUCUGCAUGCGCGGCGAGAUGCAUUGUGAAUGAUACUAAUAUACUUUGUUCAACUUUAUCCGCGGGGUAACCUAUAUUUGUUGUACAUGUGUUGAAAAACAGUUUUAGGGCUAGCAAGUCGACGGACGGUUUUUUCAAACUGCAAUAUUUUGGGAAAAAAAUUACAAUGUGAAAUAAAUUUCAACCAGCGACCGACGACGAGAUAUCCCCAAAUACCCCGUUUUGGGGUACAACGAAUAUAGGUUACCCCGCGGAUAAAGGUGAACUAGCGUUAUAACGAAGUUGAAUGCCCUUGAGACGAAAAAAAAAUAACGUCUGGCCCGGCCAGUACAAUUAAUCCAGUACAAAAAGUGUACUAUGAGCAAAAAAAAAUAUGAAGAUGUCCAGCAAGCCUGCUAUUGAUGCUAUCUGGACAUGUGUCAAUCACCAGGCUUAUACAAAAAACUGUUUACGACUUAGGAGCGUCCCCCUGUGACAUAUUACCCAUAAUGCGCCUCGUUGCGCAUACGCACUUUGGAUCUCGAGUUCUGCUCAACGUGACCUAAAUCACACCUGGACAUUCCCACCUGAUUCUAUGCGUUUUGUCAUUCGAUUAGAAAGGGAGGAGAAUACAGCAGGUCGGGCCGAAGAUGUACUGGGCAAGGUAUUAGACAGUCUAGUGUGGCAGCCUUGCCUUUGGUGAAGUUAGUCAAAUGGUUUGGUCCGCCAAUGAACAAAGUUUCAAUAGGUGAGACUUCAUUAGUUUUAUUUUGUUGUAUUCUAUUUGUUGAGUGUAUUCAUAGUUCAGCAAUUAAUCGUAUGUGUGGAGAGCAUUCACAAACUGGUAGUUAUUUGUGGAAGAUAUCCACUUGAUGAAUUUAUUCCAAUUAGGUGGAGAGUAUCCACAAUUCCUAUGUGUGGAGAGUAUCCACAGACCAGUAUAUAUUAUUGAGGAGGAUAUGCACUUGAUGUACUUAUUCAUUUGUGUGGAGGGUUCAGUAAUUCAUUAUCGCAUGUAUAGACUGUAUCCACAGACCAGUAAUAUGUGUAGGGUAUCUACUUGACUAAUUUUGCCUGCUAUGUGGAAAGUAUCCACUGUUAUUUGAUUUGUCGCAUGUGUGUAACUACGGCAUUUAUUCUCUACCGUUGGAUGAUUUAUUGUUUGUAUGGAGGAUAUCCAAGGUUAAGUGCUUUAUUUA